AUGCGGAAACUCAUACUGUACCUCGCGUUAUUCGGGAUAGCAUCAGCUAUUGUUGUUUCUGGUGGUGGAGGAGGUCGUGGAGGUAGAAGACGCGGUGGUCGACAAUUCUCUUCUUCGUCUUCCGUUUCUUCGCAUUCAUCUUCGCAUUCAUCUUCUGAAGAGCAUGGUGGUCACAGACCACCAGGUAGACCACCAGGAAGACGUUCUACUCAACCCCCAACACCUGAAUGUGAUUCUGGAUGGCUGCGAUUUGUGAGACCGAAUGGAGUUUGGUGUGUUCUGGUUGGCAACAGUGGAGUUGUGAAUGGGUACAUGUCCCAACCGGAUGCUGAAGUGGUCUGUUCCAGAUAUGGUGCGACUCUGACAGGAUUCCAAAACUCCGAAGAAAGAAUGAAAGUUGCUGACGAGGCACUGAAGCAGCUGGCUCCUUUGAAUCAACAAAUAGCAGGACUUUGGAUUGGAGCAACUAAUAAUCCAGGAUGCAGAGUAGCUAGUUGUGGGCCAUUUGCAACUUUCAGAUGGACAGAUGGUCAUACGACAGGAACAGAUGGAUUCAGUUGGUCACGCGAUGAACCAGAUGGAAACAACUGGCCCGGACCAACUGCGUGUAUCCAACAAAUCAUCAUGACACCUAACUAUGUCACCGGACCCAAUGACUACGCCUCGUGGAUGACCUACUUCCGCCAUGGAGCCUUUGAUAAAUUCCAAUGUGGUUCCCCAGCUCUCCCAGUGACCAGAAUGUACGCUUGUGGAAAACCUGGUGUCAGCAGAUAA